CACUGCUUCCGUUUCCGGUUCGGGCGCCCUCCUCGGCUGUAAGGAUGAUCGGAGACAUCCUGCUGUUUGGGACGCUGCUGAUGAACGCCGGGGCUGUUCUCAACUUUAAACUGAAAAAGAAGGACACACAAGGCUUCGGGGAGGAGUCGAGGGAACCCAGCACAGGAGACAACAUCCGGGAGUUCUUACUGAGCCUGAGGUACUUCCGGAUCUUCAUCGCCCUGUGGAAUGUGUUCAUGAUGCUCUGCAUGAUUGUACUGUUCGGCUCCUGAGAACCCAGACAGAGCUCACUGGCUGUCUGGGCUCCGUUUCUGUUUCUGAUGAUUUCAAGAAUGUUUCUCACCGGAAAACCAGGGACUUUCCCAGAAGGCUCAAGUUCAUCUGGGUGGAGAAGGCCCACUUCCCAGCCACCUGACCCUCAUCAGCCAUGGUUCCAGCUCUGCUCUGGGAUUUCAGGACAAAGUCAUGCUCCCGUAGGAGAAAGACACACCUAAUCUUUCAUUUGUCCUGGCAUCCCACCUCUCCCAGCAUCUCAGAAGCCUGUCCUGACUGCUGGGUUGACUUUUUAGGGGUUGCUUUGGUUUGAUUUGUACGGAUUGUUAUUAAUCAGUGGGAUCAUGAACUGGGGGCAGGGCUGGCUGUGACAGGGAGCAGCUGCUUUUGCACUGCAGGGCCAUGCUGGGGCCAGUGAAGUCUUGCUUCCAAAUGCUCCCCCCAACCCCAUGACAGGGUCCACCUGGGGCAGCUGAAGUCACCCCAGGACUUGAAAGAGUCAGUCCUGCCCCAAGGACACCAGCGUCCUCUUUAGGCCCUAAGCUGAUAGCCUGUAGGGCCUGGGUGACAUGUUUGGCCUCUCUGGAAGAGUUGCUGGUGGUGACAAGUGAGCAGACACCUUGCUGUACUUUCAAGCUGAUUGUUAAUAAAGUGACUUUGGGGCCACCUCUCCAUUA